UGGACCACAGGUCAUUUCCUGGUUUCUUUAAAGGGGCAGCACAAAAAAGGAAAUUUGGUAGACCACUUGUCCAAGCUAAGCCACAAAAAAAAAAUUGGAAGCCAUUUGUUAUUAAUGUAUUCCUCCUUAACAAGAGCACUGACACUUCACCCUCACCUGCUGAGGAACUGGAGUUACUCCAAGCUGGUUUGGGAAAGCGCACCAUUUCAAUUUCUGCAGAGUUGACACAUUCUGAAUUAUGCAGCUUUCUUGAGGCAGAAUUUCCCAAAAUGAAGUCACUAACUGGAGGGUGGCUACUGUAUAAGGCACCAGGAGGCAAUGGAAGACGAAAACUUACUGUUGUACCACCAGAUUCGGAGGGCUACACUGCAAGUCUUAUCAAGACGGUGACUUCAACUGGAAAAACGGCAGUCUACAUAGUUCCUCUGCAAGACGAACUUUCUCUUGAUCCACUGCCAUUCUCUGCAGAAGAAUUUGAAAAGAUGCCAAAGGCUGAGUGUCAUCAGUGCAGAACCACUAUGCCACUACAGGUGCUGUAUUUGCAUGUCAAAUCCUGUGGUGGUGCAAUUUCAACAGAAGAUGAAGAGAUGUCUGUGACUGACAAUGAUGAUGAUGGUGGUGAUAUAAUCACCAAAGAAAACAACGCUUCAUCUUCCUCUAAACACUGUGAGGAUGAGGCACAGUGUCCCAUUUGUUUGAAUGUAUUUCCACAGAAGGACCUGCUUGUGCAUGCAAGUUUAUGUGGAGACAGCCUGGAUUGCAUCACAAAUGACAUCCCUUACUGCACACCUGAAUGCCAAGCAAAGAAUCAGACAAUAACAUGUGAGGAUGAUGUCCUGCGUUUGCUUGCGAGUAAAGUUGAUGGAAGCAGGGACUUCAAGAUCUUUGUUUCUCGCACAGACUUCUUUCAACGAGCCAUGCUGCAAUGGCAACGGCAAAAGAGAGGAUCCCUUGCUAACACUUUAAAAGUUAAUUUUAUUGGUGAAGCAGGUGUUGACACGGGUGCAAUUAGAAAGGAAUUUCUUACCAAACUGGUCAGUGGCAUAGAGGAACGGCUUUUUGAACAUAGAGGGGACAGGCAUGGAAAGAGUCCAGUGUACUCCAUUAAUGAUAUGGACAAAGGAUUCUUCAAGACUGCAGGAGAAGUGUUUUCGGUCAGUUUGGCUCAGGGUGGACCUGCUCCCUGUUUCCUCAGGAAGUGGUGCUAUGAUGUCAUCUCAACAGGGGAAUUAGAUUAAUCAAAACUGUCAAAAGAUGAUGUAGAUGACUCUGAACUUUACAAUUUGAUUAAACAGGUUGAAGAAGCAAGUGAUCUCUCUCCAUGGAGCAAUGCUAUAAUUGAUUGUGGGUUUACUGGGGCGAUCAACGAGGAGAACAGAAACGCAAUCAUAAGGUCUAUAGUGCUGCAUGCAACUUUGCGUCUGAUGCCAAUGUUGAAGCAACUGCGCAAAGGUCUCCAGACCUACAAUUUUGUGGAGGUCCUGGAGGCACACACAGAACUCUGCCAGCGUUUCUUUGUCCCUGGUUUGACGGAUGAUGAUAAGGUCGAUGCAGAUUUCAUCAUGCAGAAUAUACUCUCGGAAAUGUCGGAGAAGGGGACGAUUAGAGAAGCCUGUGAGAGUUCCCUCAUCAAUUUCUUUCAAGAUUUCCUUCAAGAAAUCGAAACUGCAGGAGGCGAAUAUGAAGUCCAGCCUGGCGCAGACGUCUCCUCCCUAACUGUGCCCUUUGUAAUGCAGUGGCUUGCUGGUCAGGCACACAAGCCACUUCUUGCCUCUGAACUACAGGAGUUCAAGAUUACACUAAAAUUUGACCAUGAGUGUACACUGAGAAUGCCAGAACACAAAAUAUGCUUCCCUGUUGUAAGUGCGUGUGCAAAAACUAUUACGUUUCCUACUGCACAUAUGACCAACUAUGAUGCAUUUACAUUUACAUUUAUGGCAUUUAGCAGACGCUCUUAUCCAGAGCGACUUACAAAAG